AAAAACAGGGAGAUAAAUAGUUUCUCGGCACCGCUUCUUUGUAUAGCACAGAAGUGAAGAGCAAGCAGACGAAAAAAAUGGCGACUCUGUCUUCCUAUCUGUUAUCUUCUCCUCCUCUAUGCAAAUCCCGAUUCUCGGCAACAAGUCUCGUCUCAGGAAUUGAUUUCAUCUCUUUCUCUCCUCGAACAACUCUCUCCUCGUCAUCCACUGUCUUGCCGGCGAUUCUUUCUCUUUCCGUUAAACAUAAUCGCCGGAGAAACUCGCUUCAAGUGAAAUCAGUAGCUAGCCCAACGGAGACGAUUUCAGAAUUCGAUGAGAUGGUCUCCGGCACGAAACGAAAGUAUUACAUGCUCGGUGGGAAAGGAGGAGUGGGCAAAACUAGUUGUGCUGCUUCUUUAGCUGUGAGAUUCGCCAACAAUGGACACCCAACUCUGGUUGUAUCUACAGAUCCAGCACAUUCCUUGAGCGAUUCUUUUGCUCAGGACUUGACUGGAGGAAUGCUUGUCCCUGUAGAAGGACCCGAAGCUCCUUUAUUUGCUUUAGAAAUAAACCCUGAGAAGGCUAGGGAAGAGUUUCGUAGUGCCUCGCAGAUGAAUGGAGGAACUGGGGUGAAAGAUUUUAUGGAUGGUAUGGGACUUGGAAUGCUUGUAGAACAGUUGGGGGAGCUUAAACUUGGAGAAUUGCUCGACACACCGCCUCCUGGAUUGGAUGAAGCCAUAGCCAUUUCUAAGGUCAUUCAAUUCUUGGAAUCACCAGAGUAUAACAUGUUCACCAGAAUCGUAUUUGAUACUGCACCAACGGGUCAUACGCUAAGGCUACUCUCUUUACCUGAUUUCUUGGAUGCAUCCAUUGGUAAAAUCUUGAAGCUUAGACAGAAAAUAACCUCGGCUACUUCAGCGAUCAAAUCAGUUUUUGGGAAAGAAGAAAAGGGGCCUGAUGCUGCCGACAAAUUGGAAAAACUAAGAGAAAGGAUGGUUAAAGUUCGCGAGCUUUUCCGUGACACAGAGUCAACAGAAUUCGUCAUUGUCACUAUCCCAACGGUAAUGGCUGUCAGCGAGUCUUCUAGGUUAAGUGCUUCCUUGAAGAAGGAAAGUGUUCCCGUCAAAAGACUCAUUGUUAAUCAGCUUCUCCCGCCAUCCUCCUCAGAUUGCAAAUUUUGCUCUAUUAAGAGAAAGGACCAAAUGCGGGCUCUUGAUAUGAUCCGGGAGGAUUCAGAACUCUCUGCUUUGACACUGAUGGAGGCUCCGCUGGUUGAUAUGGAGAUCAGAGGUGUCCCUGCUCUGCGCUUCUUGGGCGAUAUCAUUUGGAAAUAAGAUCAUUACAUAUUAUCACCACAAGGAUGAAGAACAAGCAGGUUCACUUGUAUGAGAUAGUGUUGGUUAAUACAUUACAUAGUUUUUGGUAUAGAUGUUGAUGUUUGUCUUUGAUGGGUUUGGUCUUUGGCUAAAAAUGAAUAUCGACGAGUUUUUCAAACUGUUAACAGAUUCAGUAUUUGCUACAUUUUGGUGGGUGUAAAAUGUUCAGUGUAAAACUUUAGAGCUUUUAAAAUAAAAAAUAUAGCAAUUCUUGGGGAGCAAAGCCGCAAGAUAUUUACAUCGUAAUGUGAAGAAUAAGACCUAAAAGUAAGCCAUUGCUUUACAUAAAUAAAACAGCAAGGCUUCACCUUUUACACAACCAAAAGGAGAUUUUUGAUUUAAGCCAGUUGGGAUCCAAAAUACAUUUAUUUACUGACUUAAAUCUAAAACCCUCUAUUUUAUUUACAAAUUAUUUGCAAAAUAUAUAUAACAGGAACCAUCUUGAGAUGCUUUGCUUAGUUAGGCUGUACAAAUAGCUCUCGGUCAUCAACUUGUACCUCUUCUCAGGUUGUGUUAUAAGUUAAGAAGCUUGAGGUUUUACUUACUCAGAGAUGGUUAUGGAGUGGUGUUCGCG